GCUGCAAUAGCUGUCUUCGUCAAUCAUCAGAGCAACUGGAACCUGCUGCUCAAGGCGUCACAGUUCCUGUCGGUUCUGCUCGCGGAGCCCUCGGCGCAGCAGCUCCUUCCCCAGGCGGUGAUGCGCAGCGCCGCUGAGGCAGUAUUGGCUUCAAGCGCACAGCUUAGCGAGGCUCAGUCUGCGCCCUCCCAGGGCGCGGGCCCCACCCCCACGAAGCUCAUCACCUGGCUUUUGUCUCUGUUGGCUCUGCUGCUGCCCGCCGUGGAGCCUUGGCUACGGCAAAGGCUGCAGAGCCAGGACUUUGUGAAAACGCUGCUGAACGCUGUUGUCAGCAAGCUCCUCACUGAGUCCGAACUGCCUGCGGAGGCCGUCAUACUGAAGAGUGUGCAGCUGAUACCGCUGUUGCCCAUGGAGUCCUGGAUUCAGCAGGCAUGUCUUGACAGUGGUGCCAUUCACUCCUUCGCUUUGGCACGGCAGCGUGUCGUUGCAAAGAAAGGAGGAGAGCAGCUGGACCCCACACUGGCAAAGGCGGUGCAGAGUGCCAUCCGCAUGGUGUUCAGCAACAACUUGGAGCUGUGCUCCUUUGCCCUCGGCGACUCUUUCGUUGGGGAUACCUUCGUCUGUCUCGAGGUUCUGGAUGAGUUGCAAAGCCUGGAGCAGCAGAGGCGCGGCACCUUCCGUCGCCUGGAGAGCGAGUUCGACGUCGUCGGCAAGGUCUUGUCGUUGUGGGCCUUCCACCAGAGGCAGACGUUGGAGGACCCGAACCCGGGACAGUGCAGUUCCCUGGCAGUGCUGCGCAAGGUGGCAUCUCUUCUGCAGUCCCUGUUCCUGAAGCUCCCUCCACAAAGGCUGCUGAUGCGAUUAGAGGAAUACCAAGAAUCGGAGGCUUUGGUCCGGAUCGCGCUGGCGACCGUGCAUCAGAACGCCCAGCUGAGGCUGCAGAUGGCGGUCAACUAUGCCGAGAACAAUGUGAUUCCGGUCAUGGUUGCGUGUCUGCAGUUGCUGCUUCGUGGCUACGAGUGCUCCGAGAAUGCUGCGGACUCUGUCCCCGAGAUAGAGGUGGCUUUUCGACACCUAGCAGAGGAGAAGUUGCCCAUCGACGGCUGGUCCUACGUCACCUACUGCUUGGAGGUCUGUUUGCAUGUUUUGUGCAGCACCCAGCUUCAGCGACAGUCACACUGGUCAUGUCUCAGAGCAGCGCAGACCAAGGCGGAGGCUCUGGACCCCGGGGCGGCGCCCGUUCGCUUGGCCUCUGCAGGGGUCGUCGACGUCCUUGCCGAGCUCAUCGAUGCACCGGCCGCCGGCGUGGAAUUGAGAGAGACACCUUCGGCAGCAGUCGUGCAGAAGGCGGGUGAGACGCUGCACGCACUGUUCGAGCGGAACGGCCACAUCUGUCUGUUCUGCAUGAAGCACUACACAGAGGUGAAGCAAAUCCUGCUGGUCGGUUGCGAAAGCAUCGUGUCCGAUCCUCUCAGCGACCAUCCUCAGAUGCAACAGGAGGCGAUUGAGCUUUUCUCCGCCGCCUUCGAAAAGUUUGCCAUGAAGGACGAGCGACUGGGCAGGAAGCUGCUGAAG